AUGCCCCUCUGGCAGAUCUUCCACCCGGAAGGGACCUUCACGACCGCGGAGUCGAAGCAGGCGCUCGCCGCCGACAUCACGGCCCUGUACACGGGCUUCGGCCUGCCGGCCUUCUACGUGGUCGUGCACUUCGUCGAGCAGCCGGUGCGGGACACCUUCGUCGGCGGCCGCAACCCGACCGGCCGGCCGUUCGUCCGCGUCGUCAUCGCCCACAUCGCGGUGCACCAGGACGGCCAGGCGGCGCAGAUGCGCCGCACCACCGCCGCCCUCGACGCCGUGCUCCGCCCGCACAUCGCGGACAAGGGCUACGACUGGGAGUACCACGUCGACGAGACCCCGCGGGGCCUGUGGAAGAUCAAUGGCAUUGCGCCGCCGCCUUGUAAGUGA